AUGUGGGGCGGCCAAGGUUGCGGACAUUGGCCCGCUAAUGGCUGGGGCGAUUCCUGGGACUGGGGCUGGGAUGACGGAUCCUGGGCGGCAUCGUGGAACUCCUGGCCUGCGCCUGGGAAGGGGCAGAGCUUCAAGGGCGCAGGAAAAUCUGCCGCCCCCCCCGUGAGCAACAUCCCACCAAUUAGAGAUGUGGCAUCGAUGGUGUCCGCACAAUUGUUUUCAGGCCCACCUGGAGGGUCCGCUGGACAUAGCGGGCCACCUCAGGGGACCUCUACACCAAUGGUCGCCAGCAACGGCAUGCCCAGCGGAGGCGGAGGCUGUGGCUGCGGCGGCUGCGGCUGCGGCCUUGGCUGUGCCAGUGGCGGAUGUGGCGCCUGCGGCAGUUGUGGCGGCUGUGGCGGAGGAGGGUGCAGCGCAGCCUGCGGGGCUUGCGGCGGAGGAUGCAGCGGAGGAGGAGACUUGAACUCAGCAGCACUGAUGGCGUAUCAGGAGAUGCAGCAGCAGGCCUACGGGGACGAGCCAGACGGAGGCCCUUUCGGAGGAGCCUCCCUGCCAAUGGGCGAUAUCCCGCAGGAGGUGAUGGCGAUGACUGCCCCCUUCCCUGCGGUUGAAGAGAAGAUCAAGGUGAGGCUCAUAGAGGCGCUGAAAACGCGAGGGGACAGAUGGCAAGUAGACUUGCAGGACUUUAAGUCCUGCCUGGCAAGAGCUCGAAACCCGGCUGGCUUUCUGAUCGUGAAGCUCAGCGACAUGGAGAAGGCGAUCAACGCCGAAAGAGGCAACAUUGGCGGACCGCGGGAGCUUUGCGCCAACUAUCGGCGAGGCUCUUGCACCCGUGGUGAUGCCUGUAAGUAUUCCCAUGAUGUACCAACGGGGAUCACCAAAGCGAGCGUGGCGAACCUCAUAGCAGAGGCCCAGAAGAAUUCCGGUACUGGUGGAUUCGGCGGCUUUAGCAGCACACCAAGUCCGGCUGCCGAGGGCAGCGAGCCUCCAGCACAAAGGCGGCCGGAGCGCAGCAGGAAGGCGUCCAGGUCCAGGUCCUCGCGUCGGAGGAGCCGCAGCUCCCGCCGGCGACGGGACAGCCGAAGUCGGAGCCGGGGCCGGCGCAGGCGCUGA